CCCCAAACAAACACAAGAUCAUCCAAGCAGAGAAGGAACUGGGAGGAAUCCAAAGAAGAUCAGGACACUUGGAUCGCAAGGGAACACAAGCCAGAAGAGAAACUUUUCCAGAGGGGAGCAGCACGUGAGGGAGACCUGAACGCCUGUCUCUGUCUCUCUCACGCCUGCCAGUUUGGUAGCUGCUCACUGGCAAAGAGGGCAUCCUUUUCAACUGCAGCUUCUCCUGUACAUGCUGCUGAAGAAAAAGCACCAGAAGAUGAACCCAGACCUCAGGACCGCUGUGGCUAUUUUUUUCCUGCAUGGAUCACUCUGGCUGCAAGGUCUUGCAAAGGGAGAAAGAUUGAUGAAACCAGAGUUGAGCUUUGCCAGGGAACAUGUUACAGUUGAUGCUGGGGACCGUUUCACCAUAACUUGCAGAGGCUCAUCUGGCUUGACAUGGCAUUGGGGAAAUGGCCAGCACAAAGAUGGCAGCCGGUGGCAGGUAGAUGAACACAAGUGCUCAGACAGGCCUCGGCAGACCUGCAGCAAGCUGAUGGUUGCCCGGACAGUCAUUGAAGACACAGGCUAUUUCACGUGUCUUUACAGCCACCUCCCUUCGAAUGAAGAACUCAAGGCCAAGAUAUACGUGUUUGUCAAAGAUGAAAAGAAGCCUUUCGUCCUAACCCACCAAACCACUCCCGAUGUGAUCUACGUAGAGAAUGCGACAGAUGUUAUCGUUCCGUGCCGGGUCACCUCCCCAGAUGUCAAACCAGAGCUGCAACUAGUGACUCCUUCCAUUAAAGCAUUCAGCUGCAAGAAGAUGGACUGGGACCCCAAGAGAGGAUUCCAUGUCAUUUCGCCCUCCUUUGAAUUCUUCAGUGGCAUGCUCCAGUGUGUGGCUUCGGUUGGUGGAGAGAGAAUCGCCUCCUUAUACAUUACACACAAAGUGGAGAGAAGGAUACAGAAUUUGGCUGUGAAAGCAACACCCAAAAGGCUGUUGGUUGGAGAAACCCUCCAUUUGGAAUGCACUGCUGAGACAUUUUUUAAUGGGCGGAUUUCAUUUGCAUGGAAAUUUCCCGGAAAGAAAGAAUAUAUACCUACAAAGUCUUUGGACAAAAGUAAGCCAGUGUAUAAAGGCACCAGUAAUGUGACGAUCCAGAAUGUUACCAUGGGAGACAGAGGAACGUAUAUAUGCCUAGGCACUGUGGACAAUGCAACAGUAAUAGUAUUGAAGAACGUCACAGUCACCAUCUACAGGAGAGCUUUCCUCAGGUUUCCCUAUAAGAAGGAACCUCCUCCUGAGAUCAUCAGGGCAGUAUCGGGGCAGAAGAUGCUGAAACUUGCUUGGAAGGUUGAAGCUUUUCCCCCACCCAGAGUGACCUGGUACAAAGAUGGCAAGCCAAUCAUGAAGAAUGACACCAGCUAUGAACCAGAUCCGAUGAAGUACAGGCUGGUCAUAAGGGAUGUGAGACCAAGGCAUGCUGGGAACUACACCAUAUUUCUGAGCAACACUAAACACGGGCUCUCCGGGAACCUCACCAUCCCGGUAGUUGUGUUUGAGAGGCCCAAAAUCUAUGAAAAGGAGACUGAUUUUUGUCCGGCUGAGCUGGUCACCAAAGGGAAAGAACAUCAACUCCAGUGCACAGUAGGUGGGACGCCUCUGCCGACCGUUCGCUGGGAAUGGAUGCCUUGCAGCCCUGGAGACGACCUGUGCAGACAACAAGGGCAAAGAAUUCAGCUGGAGAAAACCUUUGGCAAUGAAACCAGAUUUGGAACCAAUACAAUCAAGGGCAUCCAGGUUAGGAGCGUAAAACACAACGAUAAACUCAAGAUCAUAAGCACCCUCACAACUAUGGCAAGCAACGUCUCGGGGAUCUACUUCUGUGUGGCUUCCAAUACGCUUGGCAAUGAAGAAAGAAGCAUCAAAUUCUUUGUCUCAGAUGUCGUUUACAUCCAGACCGAGCCACAAGUCACCGCCAUCGUAGCAAGCAACGUCCAGCUGACCUGCAAAGCGUCCAAGUACAUCUACAACCACCUGUCAUGGUAUGACCCCCUCUCCCAGGCGGUCCCUCUGGGCUUGAUGCAGCAGAAGGUCGACAACUACUCCAUCUCCCUCACCCUGGACAUUAAGAACGUCUCGCAGGACCGUGCUGGGCUGUACAAGUGCAGAGCCCGGAGUGACCCCAGCAGCACUGAGGGCCUGGAGAAAAGCACCCUCCUCCGCAUCAAAGUAAAGACGGUGCCAUACAUUAUGGAGAAUUUUACAGAUUUGGAAGUUAAUAUUAGUGGGAAGAUUGUUCUGGAGUGCAAAGUAAAAGGAACACCAAAGCCCAUCCUUGCUUGGCUGAAAAAUGGAUAUCCAAUUGCACCUGCGUCAGGGAUAACCAUGGAAAACAACACCCUGGUGAUUGAGAGAGUGAAAAAGGACGACGAGGGUCAAUAUGAGUGCAAAGCGGUCAAUGAAAUGGGCCAAGACAGCACGGGGGCGUUUAUCAAAAUAAAAGGCUCCGAGGAAAAGUCCAACGUCGAAGUGAUCAUUCUGGUGUGCACUGGAUUGGCAGCCACCCUCUUCUGGCUCCUGCUGACUCUCUUCAUACGGAAGCUAAGAAAACCUGAUGCCACCGAUAUUAAAACGGGAUACUUGUCCAUCAUCAUGGAUCCUGAAGAAAUGCCCCUGGAUGAGCAAUGUGAGCGUCUCCCGUAUGAUAGCAGCAAAUGGGAAUUCCCGCGAGAUCGGCUGCGGCUGGGUAAAACUCUGGGUCAUGGUGCUUUUGGGAAAGUGGUGGAGGCGUCCGCUUUUGGCAUAGAUAAAUCUUCAACCUGCAAAACAGUGGCCGUUAAAAUGCUUAAAGCAGAGUGUGCAACGACCAAUGAGUGCAAGGCCCUGAUGUCGGAGCUGAAGAUCCUCAUCCAUAUCGGGCAUCACCUGAACGUGGUCAACCUGCUGGGAGCUUGCACCAAGCCCGGAGGUCCUCUGAUGGUCAUAGUAGAAUACUGCAAGUAUGGAAAUCUCUCAAAUUACUUAAGAGGGAAACGAGGAGACUUCAUUGCAUGCAAGCCACAGGACACCUCUGACCCUGCCGAGAAAAGGCUCGAGGAGUCUCUCAGCGAUCUGACGGAGCUGAUCAAGAGGCGCCUGGAGAGCGUGGCCAGCACAGGAAGCUCAGCAAGCUCGGGAUUCAUUGAAGAUAAGAGUUACACAGACUCAGAAGAGGAAGAGGAAGACACGGAAGACCUCUACAAGCGGCCCCUGACCUUGGAAGACCUGAUCUGCUACAGUUUCCAGGUGGCCAAAGGCAUGGAGUUCCUGGCAUCAAGGAAAUGCAUCCACAGGGAUCUGGCGGCCAGGAACAUCCUUUUGUCUGAAAACAACGUGGUCAAGAUCUGUGACUUUGGACUGGCCAGAGACAUUUACAAGGACCCCGACUACGUGCGGAAGGGCGAUGCUAGGCUUCCGCUGAAAUGGAUGGCUCCAGAAGCUAUUUUUGACAAAAUCUACACAACUCAGAGUGAUGUCUGGUCUUUCGGUGUGUUGCUCUGGGAAAUAUUUUCUCUAGGGGCCUCACCAUAUCCAGGGGUGCAGAUUGAUGAGGACUUCUGCCAGCGUCUCAAGGAAGGAACACGGAUGAGAUCGCCAGAAUAUUCUACUCCAGAAAUCUAUCAGACCAUGUUGGAUUGCUGGCACGGUGUCCCGACAGAAAGACCCACCUUCACAGAACUUGUGGAGCGUUUAGGAGACCUGCUGCAGGCCAAUGUGCAACAGGAUGGGAAAGACUACAUCCCGCUGAACAUUACGCUGUGUGCCGACGGAGAUUCCAACCCCAAAAUCUGCAUCCUGGAAGAGGCCGGGAGUAACCGUGUUAGUCGCUGGAGUGCACUGGAAGCCAGUAUUAACAGCAAGAACCGGCCCCUCAGCGUGAAGACGUUUGAUGAGGUGCCAGUGGGAACGGGGAAAGUGAUGCAGGAGGAAUGUGAGUCAGACAGCGGGAUGGUGCUGACUCUGGAUGAAAUCAAGAGCCGGAAGAGGCUGGAGAUCCGCUCCUGGCCUUACGGGAUCAUGGCUCUGGCGAAAAAAGCCAUCAACAAGAGCAAAGAGUCUGUGUUUUCGGAUCUCGAGCACGAAUCAGUGAAGUAUCGGCCGGCGACACAAGUGGAGGAAGCCAUUCUGGAAGCCUCUUUCCUCCUGUCGAUGGAUUCCAACUUGGAGUGCCACAGCCCUCCGCCUGACUACAACUCUGUUAUCCAGUACUCCGCUCCUCCCGUGUAACUGGCUGGGCCUGACCUGCCUCUUCUUCUGGCAUUCCUUACCAUGCAGUAUUCGUGCCAGGCCUCCAGUUUCUACUGCUGGCCUAAAAAGACGAGUGUUAAAAAGAGAGGAGGAACCUCACAGUGGCCAGGUCUCUCUGCUCUUUGUAUGCAAUCCUGAUGCAAGUGGAAAGCCUUUAAGAACAGCUGUCUUAAUGGUAUAUUUCAGCCUCUCUGGCUUUUAUAUUCUAACCUGGCAAUGCAGCAGAAUCCUUUUACUACAAGGUCACACAUUACAUCUACAUUUUGUGGGGACCUCUCCACUCUUAAAGCUUUAGGAUGUACACAAUAUUGUCUUCAGUUGUUGCUCAGAACCAACAAGUGCCUCUGAAAAUUCAUUCUAAGAACAAAGUUUCUUCUUCAGGGAUUGCAAUCCUCAAUAUGUCAGGUAUAAAGAAGGGUGGGUUUUUAAAUCUGUUUUUGUUACUUAUUGUGAUUACUGAAAGACAGAUUGAUUGCAGAACUGAGUUCAGUCUGCCAAAACCUUUGUUUCCCUGACACAUUUUGUUGCCAUUUACACUCACCAAAAAUUGAUUCCAACUGCAAAUCAACAGCAGUAAAUUAGCCAGAGGGAAAAUGCACACUGGCCCUCAAGUCCUUCACUCCUUGUGCAUGAAACCAAGAGAGAGAAUAACUGAAUUAACUUUCCCUUGCCUGGGUCUUUUUCCAAGACUAACCUUUCUCCAAUCUCUCUCUAGCUCCCAGCCAACAGCCUGAUGUUUUGGGCAGAGCAUUUUCUUGCCACAGUUUCUGCCACAGAUUCCUGGGGGGUGGGGGGAGGUUGUAGUUUAGCAAGAAUGCUCUGCUAGAGAUCACUAGCUCCUCUCAUAGAAAUCCUGGGGAGCGCAAAUGACUAUUAAGCCAGUAUACUACAGAUAUACUCCCAAGCGGUAUUGUCUGAGAAGGAAGUUGUUUUCAAGUCUCUCGUAUACCACGUUUUGGCAGCCAGUGCAAUCCCUCACUCCAAGUCAUUCAGCAGAGACCAUGCUGCAUACUUAGGCAAACUGGGGAGCAUAAUCAUGAUUAGGCCACUGCAAUGUCACGGGGGGGGGGGGGGUAAAGACAAAAGGAUGGCGCUGAACUGAGCAAGGACUGUCAGAAGGCAAACCUAAAGCCCUCUGAAACUGUGAAUCCAGAAGCAUCCUGAGAGGGUGCUUUUUAGAUCGUGCCAAAAAACAAAUCCUCUUUCUUGGGCAGGCUCAAGCUUGGGUCCCCAGAUGAUGUUGGACUACAACUCCCAUCAACUCCAGCCAAAAUGGCUGGAGACCCAACAGGGUUGGGGACCCCUCACUGCCCUGCCUUAACCAGCCACAAGAUGACUCCUCAAGAUGUCCAUUGAACCAUGUAGCAAUGUAACUGUAUGUCUGUAUCACUGCCGCUUAGAUAAGCUAGUACAGACAGAGCAGAACAGGGCAGCUAGACUUGACUUGCAAAUAACUGAUUCACAAGCUCCUUGGAUGGUCCGGCUACCCAGCCCCCUGCUGCAGUGGCCCCAGACAGUCUGGGUGUGGAUUGGCUUGGACCGAUAGGUGUGCUUUCUCCUUUAACAGAAAAUGAGCUUGUGUGGAAAUGUUUGCUUGGGAAAGCUAAUUCCAGGAAGGGGUUUUAAAGGAAGGAGUGCAGAAAUGACGCUCUUGUAUACAAGAAGACAUCAGAAAUAAUUAGCUAAGGGCCUGCAGCCCAGGAGCCAUUUGCGUGCUGUGGUGUGUAGGCACUUUGCCAAAUACACAUGCAGCUGUAAAGGGCAUGGGGAUAAUUCGGGGGGGGGAGGGUUGCCAACUUCCCAAUGGGCUCCUGUGGGGUUGCCUUUAAAGACUGGUUUGGUCUGCAGCAGUUAGCAAGCGAUCUGUGGCAAGGCGUGGAUCAGCUCCUUGCCUUGAAAAGCUGCCCCUGCCCAUUUCUGCAGAGCAAAUAAAUCUCCAUAAAAGCACGCGAGAGCAAGCCAACUCUGUCGCUUGCUGGCCUAGAAAGGUGGGACGAUCUCUGCAGCAGUUUCCACCUUCUGGUUUUUCUUUCUGCCAAUAGCCUUCUGCAGGUCAGAGGUAUUCUUUGGUUCUGUGUGACCCAAGUCCUCGCUCCUGGAACCAAACCUCUGAUUAACGUAGAAUCCUCUACCAGGAUCCCUGAAAACUAGUUUCAGGAUUUGGAGGAGAAUAUUUGGCUUUCCCAGUAGAACCAUUAUUAACUCUAGCAGCAGCAAAGAAAAGCAAAGUGUGUGUGUGUGUGUGUGUGUGUGUGUGUGUGUGUGUGUGUGUGUGUGUAUUAGGGCCUUAAAUUCAACUACUCAUUGGAAAAGGUAAGAAAGGGAGGAAUCAAAGCUGCCUCAUAGCACAAGCAUAGGAUUGAACCCAAGUCCCACCCCUCAAUCAUCCUUUUGAUGGGCUGAAUAGCAUGACCCCAUCCCCUCUACAGCAUGUCCCAUGGUGUCCAAGUAUGUUAUCAUACAUGUAAAGGGCAGGAGUUGGGGCCUCAGAUAUUGUUGAACUACAACUCCCAUCAUCCCCAGUCACAAUGGCCAUGGGAGCUGUGGGCCCAUGCUGGAGACCCAACAUUGGAUAUUCCUGGUGUUGCACAUGCCGGACUCCUAAGGCAGUUCGUGUCAUGAUUAGCGCUCCCUGUAACAGGGAUCUCCCCAGAUGCGGUUGACUACCAGCUUGCAUCAUCAUUCCCAGCUGCCAUGGUCUUUGCCACCAUAUCUGGGAAUCCCUGUUACAGAGAACGCCAGCCGGGAGGGACUUGCAGGAUGGAGUCUCCCUGCAGGCUGGUUGCACAACCCGCUUCUCAUGCUGAAUCAUCGAAAGCCUAGGAAUUCCUCCACAAAUAUCUUCCAGUGAGAUGAGAUUGGAUCUUUGUGUAGGAUGCACCUUCCCAGAGGGAAAGGCUGCCCCACAAACUCCGUCUAGCAUUUCCGCAGGGGAGGUGCUGUUGUUGGCCUCACAGACAAAUCCUACUUUUUAGCUAGAAGUAUUGCCUGAAAAUGGGAGUUAUUUUACUUGUAUUUGUAUUGUAUUUACUAAUAUUCCGUUUGUCCUUUCCUUCCCACCCUUAAUUUAAUUAUCGUUCUUCCAAUUAUGUUAACAAUACAUAUUUAUAUAUAAAAAUAUAUAUAUAUGAUAUGCAGUCCCUCUGAAGUUCACCACUUCUAAGUCCUCUUGAGAGUGUUACAGUGCAGUCCUAUGCAUGUUUACUCACUGCUGCGUUCAAUAGGGCUUACUCCUGGGUAAGUAUGCACAGGACUGCAGUCUUAAGCACAUGUGUAACCUCCUCCCAGACAGGAUCUCCAAGUGCCUGACUUUAGCUGGAUUGUUCUCACGGUGUUUAUCUGUAGAAGCCGCUCAGUUUAGAUGUUCAUUUAUGUAUCAUGAUUUUUAAGUCCAAAAGAGCAGGAAAUGCCCAAAUAUCAAAGCACGAAGUAUCUUUACUACAAAAUGUCACUAACGCUUGCUGGCCAGGCCUCAGUUUACAGUAACUGUUCCCAGUUCCAUCCUCCUUGCCUGUCAAAAUCUCCCUUGGGUCCACUGGCGUUAGGAGUUCUCCAUUUUUAUUUCUAUUCUGAGUUAUUCUACCUGGCUUAGGGGACUAUGGGGGCCUCAUAGGUUUGUUUGACGGGCAGCUCAAAGGAAAAGAUAGUUGGCUCUGUUCCCACUUACGACUGAUCUCAUGGCUGGGCAGAAAGAGGAACUGGCUUGUUGCUCAAUGAAGUAUAUUUUGAUGUUUUUUGAAGAUUACUCAGGGAAUUAUUUGUGACUUCGGAGGGCACUCAGCAAACUGCCUUGGUGACCUGAUUAAUCUCAAAUUCCUCUGAUAUUAAUCAGUACAGAUCUCUGUUUUUUUCCAAAUGAUACUGCCUCUUUGUCUCCCCUGCAGCAAUUACCACACACAGAGAGCUGUAGGCUAGUGACUUUCUGCCUCUUCUCUCCCUCUCACAGUGGUUUCAGACAAGUAUAAACCAUGCCAUUCAUAGUCACAACUAUGCUUUCCUUGAGCAUAGGAACCAUGCUUGAACCAUGCUUUCCUUGAGCCGAUUCCUCAAAAAUACAUUCCUUGUCCUGCUCUAACGAUAUUAUCAUCAUUCACCAACAGUGUAAAGUUGAGGCAAAAUCAUUACUUACCUUCUUUCUUGUCCCUCUUCAUUUCCGAUGGUUUUGGUUGAGACAAAUACUUGAAGGCGAUUCCACUGAGCCACUGAUCUCCUCGGGGGUGCAUCUGUGCCCAGCUUUCUUCUCUGGAGGGGCAGCGCUUCAAAACCUGGCAGCCCCUGUUUGGCACAAAAUGUCAGUGAGACAAGAAAGACUAGUAGCCAAGCCACAGAGCUGGUGUGUGCAAUCUUGGCGCUGCAGCUGUUGUUGGACUUCAACAACAGCUGCAGGGCCAAGUUUGCCCACCCUUGCCACAGAGAAUGGUGCCACUUUAGCGCACAACCUUCAGCUCUGAAGGAUUGUCAUCUAUGAUCCAAAUGACACCAUAUCUAAAACAUGUUUGUUCCUGCGUGUUUAGAAUAAAGGUGAACAGCUACUGCAGAGGCUCAAUCCAGGAAAUUCCUAAUGUGUCCCUUUUUUAGAAAGAUGUUCUGCUUUCCUAUGGGCUUUUAAAAGAUUCUGCCACAACACAGCUCUAAUGAAGCAUCACCAGCCAACGGCCCAAAACAACUGGGCCAAUCCACUUGAGUGAACUUAAACUUAUCCUGUUAACAGAAUGCAUUGGAAUCUAAGUAAAUGUUGUUAGGAAAGUGUUCUGCCACUGUGACUGGUGGUGGGAUUGUGAUUUACAGAACUACUGUUUGAAGUAAGAGAUGGGAGAGAAGUGGCUCCCCCCCCCCUCUCUCUCUCUCUCUCUCUCUCACACACACACACACACACACCUUAAACUCCCUGAAAAACUCCCCCAUUGGGAUUAAGACACAAGGAAUAUAGGCAGACCUCGUUAUUCAGGUGGUGGUGGUGUUUUAGGUUCCACACCCACAACUGCAAAUAACAAAACUGUGAAUAACAAAGCAUUAUGUCAAUGGGAAUUCGGGGGUUAGGUCUUGGAGUCUCAGAAAAUGGCCUGAAAAAUCCCCAGAACUUGUGGGCGGGGGGGGGGGGGGGGAGAAGAGCUGGAAAAAAAUGAUAAUGCACCAUAGUGUGCCUUGGCCACCUCAGAUGGCCUGCCCUCCCAGUCCCUCCAGGAAUGCAUAAAUAUGGUGCCAUAAUGAAAGGUCAAAGAAACAUCUCCUUGCUGUUGUCAUCUGGCACAUAGCAGCACGACCCCCAGGACUCAACGGUUCUCAGGUUGGCAUUGCAGCAUGAGAGACAGUUCAAGUAAGAACCCAAGGGGUAGUCCCCUCACCCCGCAAAGUUCAAGAUCAAGAUCAGCACUUUAGAGUCAUCACAGCAUUCAAAUUCAAGUUCACGUCCAGCACUUUAGAGGCACCACUGCAUCAGAGAUAGGUUAAGGUCAAGUUCAUCACUAGAGGUGUGGCAUUCACAUCAUUGCAUGAGAGCAGUGGUCCCUCUAAUUUUUUUCACCUCUGUGCAGAAUGAGUUUUGUUCUAGGUGGCAGGAUCAAGGCAGUGUGCGCGCACCUGCAUUCAGGGUGGGGUCUUCCUGAUUCAACCUGAGCGGGAUCUAAAAGGAACUGAGCAGGCAUCCAAAAACUUGUGAACGGGUGCACGUGCGAAUGCCUUCGAGGGACCCGUGAAUGAGAGACAGGUCAAGUGCAAGUUCCACACUCUAGAAGCAUCACAGCGUCGGAGACAGGUCAAGUAAGCGCACACAGAGGAUUUCCCUCACCCCACUGCAGGAGUUAGCAGCACUCCUUUCUGUGUCCUUUGGCGGCAAAGGAAAUCAAAGACACAGUGGAGUUCCCUCACUCCGUCCAGUUUCCUUAGGUGGCAAAACAAAGAUAAAAACAGCGACGGCUGCUGGCAUUUGCAGCACAAACAGUCCAUACGGCUGACGCAGGUCCUGCAGAGGCAGACCUGCCUUCACCAUCAUCGCCGUCUCCCUCCUCAAAGCCAGCGAAGGUGCUAGUGUCGCUCUCCAGUGAUGACAGCCAGUGCACUGCUCAGCUGCAGUGGCAGAUAUACUUGUGGCCUUUGAAAAGUACGGAUACUGGACUGCUUCGCCUUGCUUUGCCUCGCCCUGCACGUGUCUCUGUCUGGUUGCAAAGCUGCCUGCAGCUGCUGCCUCAAAUUUAUGCUGCACUCCAUUAGUGGGUCGAGCUCAAACGCCUUAUCCGACAAUGCAGAUCCCAGUUGGAGGAUCUCUGAGAGCCCCUGCAUAGUGGAGGGCUUGGGGAGCAUCUCCUCCUCCUCUUCCUCUUCACCCUUGCUCUCAGGUGCUGCCUGCAGUAUCUCCUCCUGUUCUUCUGCUGUUAGCUCCUCUUGGUGGGAUCCGAGGAACUCCUGCACCUCAUAUGCCUCAAUGCCUCCCAGGCCCUUACCAGCAACAGCACAUGCAAGGCUAGUGAUGCGUUGUACCUCAUCCGCCACAGAGGGAACAGCUGCAGUGAGUGAAGAGGUGCCUGCCUCGGGCCCCAACCUCCUCCACACUGCAUUCCAUGUGUGGGGCUGUGUCUCAGAAAGGGGUGCUGCAGUGUGCAGUCGGUGAUGCUAUAGCCUUUCCAGCAAUUGCUGGCCAACAGUGAGGGAUCGGCCUCCAUCAUAUCCAGCAGCCUUCCAAAAGUGUGCCAUGUGUAGCACGACUUAAAGGUCGCUAUGAGACCUUGGUCCAUGGGCUGGGUUCACGAAGUAGUGUCAGGUGGCAAGAAGGCAAUCUGCAAGCCCGGGUGUGCAAACCGCAGUGCCUCAGGGUGGCCAGAGGUGCUGACCAACACCAGGAGGACUCUGAAGGCCAGGUUCUUAGCGGCAAGGUACCUCCGCACCUCAUGAAGGAAGCAGUUGUUCACCUAAUCUGUGAACGCUGCUGUGGUCACCCACACCCUCCAAAAGAUGGGAAGCUGGCUCUUCUUCUGGCCUUUGAGGGCACAAGAGUGCUGGGCUCAGUCAGGCGGCAUGGGCUUGAUGACUCAGUCCACAGCAGCAUUGCCACGCACCAGCAGGCGGUCCUUCGCUGCCUUGAAGCCCGGAGCAAUUCUCUCUUCCUUGCUGAUAAAUGAGCAGGAAGGCAUCCGCUUCCAGAACAGGCCUGUCUCAUCUGCCCUGAAGCCCUGCUCUGGCCUGGUCCCUCCAGACUAUAUCAGCUGUUGGAACUCUGCGGGGUAAUGUUCCGCCACCUCAUGGUCUGCUGAUGCUACUUUGUGGAGGCUGUAGUGGUACUUAAACUUCUCAAACCAGCCCUAGCUGGCCUGGAAACUGGACUCGACGCCUUCUGGCGUUGCCGCCACUUGACCGCCUUCUCCCACAGAGCACCUGUAGAACCUUAGCACCUUCUCGUGGAUUACAGGUCCACUCUGUGGAACAUUCUUCUGGGUCUGAUCCUCGAUCCAGAGGCUGAGUGCUUUCUCCAUCUGUUCCAUGUGGGACUCACAGGGAUGGAAUGCCACCUUCAGACUCUGCCAUGCUCCAGAGACCACACCAGUGCGGAUGCUGGCUUCCCACUUCUUAAUUGAGCAGACUGUUGACUCGAUUCCAUAAUGACAGCCAACGGAUGCUGUGCUGUCCCCACGAGGCAGCAUGUCCAGGAGCGUGAUCUUUUUGCACAAGGGCAACACCUUGGGCGACCUUUGGCCACCUCAGCAGAACUCUCCAUUGCACACCUGAUCAUCUUGACUGUGGAGGAAGAAAAAAUUGGAACAGCACAGCACAGGUGCAGCACAAAACUGAUAAAUGUACAGAACGGCAAGGGUUCAGUAAUUAAUUUACAAGAUGAAUUUCACAGUAGAGUACUGCAAGUUGUUUCCUUUAAUUAAAAAAAUUUUUUUUAAAAAAAAUACUGCACACUGAACAGAAUACAACUGUGGUGCAUUGUACAGCCAGGGUUCUGUAAGUAAUUUACAAGAUGAAUAUCACAGUGCUGUUAAUUGUUUCCUUUUAAAAAUAUUUUAAAAAUAAAAAUAUCUUUUUUAAAAACUGCAGGGCAUUGUAUGCGAAGAGUUCAGUAAUUAAUUAACAUAAAAGUACAUGUACUGUAAGUUGUUUCCUUAAAACAUGAAAUAUAAAAUAAUAUUGCAAUGCACUGUGCAUUGAUUUAUGUUAGUGCUGUGUGUUACCAUCUUCCCGGGGCUGAAUGGUGCUCCAGGAGGUCCCUCCAAGAUGUUCAAUGAGGGCAGCAGCAGAAAGGCCGCCACUGGCCUGGUUAGCCUCCACAGAGACCCAAAGCGCUAAGACAGCAAAAGCUAAGAGGAAUGGCUCCAAAAAGCUCCCACAGGAGACCAAGCCUCCACUGUACUGCCACAAGCUAAAGCUUUCGUGUUUUCCUCCCAUGUGAAAAACACACAAAACACACCACCAGAACAAUCGUCCAACCUCCUCUCUCACAGACAUAUAUGGGCACCGGAGGCUCGCGAUGAAAAACGUGGAUAGGUGAGACAUGCGGCCGCAAAUGCGGAGGUCAGGGAAUUGUUAUUUAACCAUGGAUACGCGACUCCACAAAUAUUGGAACCGUGGAUGACGAGGUCUGCCUAUAUUAUCCUUUGGCCGUUUUAUCAGUAUGGUUGAUGUAACUGGGUGCGUGGGGACUCUUGAGCAAGUUUAAAAUCUGGGCUUCAUCAAAGCUUACAAUCCUUGGUGGAAAAAACACUGGAGUUUACCUUGUCCUUCCUAGCCAACCUGAGCCACCACAUGGGUCUGAAAGCAUCUUUUAAUACCCCAGUCCACUAGGGCAGCAGCUAGGCCUUGGGGACGGGAGACGAGGGUGGCAUGCACUGAGCAGAAAUGCCCACCACAGACCCUUCCCUAUAGAUCGGCGUUGUCAAAGCCAACGGCGAAACUCCCAAUAAGCAGGGCUUCAGAAAACGUUAGAACUGCCACAGUCUCCUCCAAAGGCUAUGGAAUGUAUGGUGAAACUGACCCCGGUCUGUCUGAAGAACGUAUGCACUGAAUGGGGGGGGGGGAGAAAAACCUGCUCUCUUAUGUAGUCAAAAAUGUAUUGUAAUUAUUAACCAAAAAUUAAAUAAAAGAAUUCUAUAUUUAUACAG